CAAAUUCAUCAAAAUAUGGAGAACUUGUUGAAUUUCCGGAUAAACAAAGUCAAUUUGGUGAUAUUACGGUCGGAGAAACAUUGAGCACUUGGUCUCUCCGAAGCCGCUAUGCAGCAACCAUGCAAGUGGAACUGACGCUAUCUUCUUCUUCCUUCCUUCCUGCUUCGCCAUUCGUCAGACCCUCCUUCAUCAACAGCAAAGCUCAGCACUCCCCAAUCUCUCUCACCCUUUCCGCAGUCUCAGCUUCUUCUUCUUCUUCUUCUUCUUCUUCAACAGUCAACAAGGAUGUCUGGAGGAGAACCCCACAACCUCGGCGCAGGACACCCACCUUCCGGAGAUCAGAAUCACCCCAUCUCGAUCACAGCGUUGACAUGGACGAGCUCGCUUCGUCCAUCUCGGAGACCUGCAACGAGCAAGAGCUCUUCUCUCUCAUGUCCCCUUACAAGGGCAGGCAACUCUCGAUCCGCUUCAUGGUCUCCCUCCUCUCCCGCGAGCAGGACUGGCAGAGGUCCCUGGCUCUCCUCGAUUGGAUCAACGAGGAGGCCCGCUACACUCCCUCGGUGUUCGCCUACAACGUGACGAUGCGCAAUGCGCUCCGCGCGAGGCAGUGGGCCGUCGCUCAUGGCCUGUUCGAGGAAAUGCGCCAGAGGGGCCUCGCGCCCGACAGGUACACUUACUCGACGCUGAUCACGCAUUUUGGCAAGGUGGGUAUGUUCGAUUCCGCGCUUUCUUGGCUUCAGAGGAUGGAGCAGGACCGCGUGUCGGGCGACCUUGUUCUGUAUAGUAACUUGAUUGAGCUGUCACGAAAGCUGGGGGACUACUCGAAGGCGAUCUCGAUCUUCUCGAGGCUGAAGAAUUCGGGGAUAAUCCCAGACCUCGUUGCGUAUAAUACCAUGGUUAACGUGUUUGGUAAAGCAAAGCUUUUUCGUGAGGCCCGGCUUCUUCUUAAGGAAAUGCAGGCAGCGGGUGUUAUGCCAGAUACUGUCAGUUAUUCGACAUUGCUCUAUAUAUAUGUGGAGAGUCAGAAGUUUGUGGAGGCAUUGUCUGUGUUUUCUGAGAUGAACGAGGUUAAGUGUCCACUUGAUCUCACCACAUGCAACAUUAUGAUCGAUGUCUAUGGUCAGCUAGACAUGGCUAAGGAAGCCGAUAGACUGUUUUGGAGCAUGAGGAAGAUGGCAAUUGAGCCAAAUGUUGUUAGUUAUAAUACACUUUUGAGGGUGUAUGGCGAGGCCGAACUCUUUGGUGAAGCCAUUCAUCUGUUUAGACUGAUGCAGAGGAAGGAUAUUGAGCAGAAUGUUGUUACCUAUAAUACUAUGAUAAAGAUAUAUGGAAAAUCUCUUGAGCAUGAGAAGGCGUCAAAUCUGGUCCGAGAGAUGCAGACUAUAGGAAUUGAACCAAAUGCAAUUACUUACUCCACAAUAAUUGCGAUAUGGGGCAAGGCAGGAAAAUUAGACCGGGCAGCAACAUUGUUUCAAAAGCUGAGGAGCUCUGGGGUUGAGAUUGAUCAGGUGCUUUAUCAGACCAUGAUUGUGGCUUAUGAAAGGGCCGGUCUGGUUGGUCAUGCAAAGAGAUUACUCCAUGAGCUUAGGCGCCCAGACAAUAUCCCCAGAGAGAUCGCAAUAACAAUUCUUGCUAGAGCUGGUCGGUUAGAGGAGGCCACUUGGGUCUUCCGCCAAGCUUUUGAUGCAGGAGAGAUAAAGGAUAUAGCGGUAUUUGGCUGCAUGAUCGAGCUGCUCUCAAGGAAUAGAAAGUAUGCCAACGUCAUUGAGGUGUUUGAUAAGAUGAGACUGGCUGGGUACUUUCCUGAUUCCAAUGUCAUUGCUAUCAUCCUGAAUGCUUAUGGGAAAUUGCGCGACUUUGAAAAGGCAGAUGCAGUGUAUGUGGAGAUGCAGGAAGAGGGAUGCAUUUUCUCAGAUGAAGUUCACUUCCAGAUGCUCAGUCUCUACGGUGCAAGGAAGGACUUUACGAUGGUAGAGUCUCUGUUUCAGAGACUUGACUCUGAUCAGAACAUUAACAAGAAGGAGUUGCAUCUUGUUGUGGCGAGUAUAUACGAGAGAGCAAAUAGACUCAAUGAUGCAUCCAGAAUCAUGAACAGGUUGAAUGAGAGGCAUAUCAUCAGAUGACAAUCUUAAAAGAGCCUGAGGUAGUUAGCUCCAUAGAAUUGCACUUGCCCGGCGGAAAAAAAGAAGCAGCAAAAACAUAGUUCCUCAGAAAAUCAGCAAACUUGAAAGGGCGUGAUGGAGCCGAGAUGGUUUUCCCUGAGAUGGGAAAUGGAAAACAUUAAGCUUGGCGGAGGUUCAUGUUGUGAAAUACUUCUAUUUUGUCGAUUCUUCUGUAAAUCAUUUUCCUGGGGAACUGUUUGUUCUCCUCUUCAAUGAAAGUGGAUCUAUUUACCUGCUGAAUGCUACAUGUUCCACAUUAUUGUUUGGAGCAGCUUCCAAUUUUAUCUUCUGUUAUAUAAAUUAGAGGUGAGGAACUUAAUUUGUACUUGCCAAUGCAUCAUGCCUUUGAUAUCAGCUGAACAGAGUAUACUAGUCCAAUCCGACCACAGAUUCAAAUCCAACCGCUUUGGUCCGAUUUAAAAGUUAUGCUUUGGCAUUAUGUUUUCUAAUUCUUUCCGGCGGCUAUUUAUUUUGGCGAUGAUAUGGUGAGUAUACGUAUGUUCCAGUGGAUGUUGGCUAAUGCCGGGAUACAUUUGGCAGUUGUUCCAUUGUUGUAGAUCUUCUUCUUGUUCUCUCCUCUCCAAAUCGGCUCAAAAUGCUGCUUGUCUUUGGAAAGGAGCGAAGCAGGAGACUUUUCAAAGGAUCCGGCUCUUCUGUUGACUCUGUUCUUGCGAAUUUUAAAGCGCGUAUGGACUUUGUUGAUGCUAGAACUGGAACCGCAACCUCGGCCUGCAACCUUACUGGGAAAUCAAUCUGCAAAACGCGUCCGGGAUGUGUACCCGGAUUGGAUGUUACGGUUGAAGGGUCAUCGCCCGACAUUGACCGGCGACAGCCUAGAAGACGGGCGGAGAAAAAGCAUGCCAAAUAACAUUUGUGACUGUUUCAUAAGUAAACAACAUUCUAAUUUUUCCGACUUUUUAUACGGUGAUAGCACUCUUGCGUGCUCAAUCGAAUAACAGUAAAGCGAUAUAUUAUCUAGA